ACCACAACACCCUGGUUCUCGAAAUGGACCAGUCGUCGAGCACGGCGGCGGGCCAGCAGAGGGCUUCCGAGAGAUCGUCGGCCGAGCAACAGUCGAUGGACCUCCUCUUUGACCUCGCUCAACUGCUCAACACGGGCCUGUCGAGAGAGCAGCUGCGCAUCUGCACAGAUCUCAUCCAAGCGGGCGAGAAUCCGGAAGCAGUGGCGACCAUUGUCAAGGAGCUGCGAAAAGAGGCAACAAAGCAAAGAUAGCAGGCGCUUCGAGCAGAACGCUGUCCCUCGCCGCUGUUGUAUUUGAUAGAGGGAGGCUUGCGAGAACAAAUGAAUUGGACAUUAAGCGGGUUGUUCAUAACCGCAGCGACAGGAGGAAGACGAAGGAAAGAGAAGCGUAUGGUGCUGGAAGGAGAGGCAAUGUUCAUUUCUUAAGC